AUUCUUUUUCAUACCUGGCAAUACUUUCAAUUGGUGAUUUUUGACAUAGAGCGUUCAAUCUGCGAAAAAGUAAUUUUUUUUUGCAAUGGAAGGCGCUGUUAAACUUAACAAUUCGAACGCCUCGCCGUUGCCACAGCGCCAGCAAAGGGGCAAUCCGAACAACAUGAGUCUGGGCAAGCACACAGCCCCCAAGCAAAAUGCCGCCAGCGACGGUAAUCCUGCUGAGAAAAAGGCAAGAUUUGGAGCAAACAACCAGAACGGUGGCGGAGUAGCUGGUGGUGGUGGUGGUCGCGGUGGAUUCGCCGGAAAUCGUAAUCGAGGCGGUAACCAAAAUCAAAACCGGCAGGGUUUCCAAGGUGCCAAUAAUGCACAUCAUCAGCAGACGAACGAAUCACCGAAGCCGGCUGCGGGCAAUGAGCCCGCAAAGAACAAUGAAACCGCAACUGCCAACCCAAGUCCGUCCAGUCAGAAUGCCAGCCAGGGUCAGGGCAACCAAGCAGGCCAGGGUAACCAAGGAGGACAGGGUUUCCGAGGACGUGGCAAUGUCCAGAACCAGCUGAAUCAGAAUGCUAGUCAGGGAAAUCAAGGCGAUCAAGAAGAACAGGGCUUCAGAGGACGAGGAGGUGGCCAAAACCAGCCGAAUCAGAAUGCCAACCAAGGGCAGAGCCUUGGAAAUCAGGGCAACCAAGGAGGCAAUCAAGGAGGACAGGGCUUCCGAGGAGCUGGAGGUGGAAACCAGCAGCGCGGAAACCAACAGCGUGGAAACCGCGGCAUGCGCUCUGGAGGACCAGGAGGCAUGAACAACUCGUUGAUGGGCGGCGGUGGCCAGCGCGGCGGCGAUGACUUCUUCAUUGCCCAACGACUGCGCAGCCUUGGUGGACCCACUCAUGAGUUGCCACCCAUUGAAUUACCCACCGAGACCAAGUUCUCCGGACGCAACCGCUUGUAUGUUGGCAACCUGACCAGCGACAUAACCGAUGACGAACUGCGCGAGAUGUUCAAACCGUACGGCGAGGUCGGCGAGAUCUUCUCGAACCCGGAGAAGAACUUUACAUUCCUGAAGGUAGACUACCACCCAAAUGCCGAGAAGGCCAAGCGCGCUUUAGAUGGCUCUAUGCGCAAGGGACGCCAGCUGCGCGUCCGCUUUGCGCCCAACGCCACCAUCUUGCGUGUGAGCAAUCUCAACCAGUUCGUCUCCAACGAGCUGCUGUACCAGUCCUUCGAGGUCUUUGGACCCAUCGAGCGCGCCAUGAUCAGCGUGGACGAUCGUGGUAAGCAUACCGGAGAAGGAAUUGUUGAGUUUAGCAAAAAGUCCUCGGCCAGCGCCUGUUUGCGCCUGUGCAACGAAAAGUGCUUCUUCCUGACUGCUUCGUUGCGUCCGUGUCUGGUGGAACCGAUGGAGGUGAACGACGACAACGACGGCUUGCCGGAGAAGGCUUUAAACAAGAAGAUGCCCGAAUUCUCCCAGGAGCGAAGUAUCGGACCGCGUUUCGCUGAUAUGAAUUCGUUUGAGCACGAAUAUGGAUCUCGCUGGAAGCAAUUGCAUGAUCUCUUCAAGAGCAAACAGGACGCACUUAAGCGUGAGCUGAAAAUGGAGGAGGACAAGCUGGAGGCCCAGAUGGAGUACGCCCGCUACGAACAGGAGACCGAACUGCUGCGCCAGGAGCUGAGGAAGCGCGAGGUUGACAACGAGCGCAAGAAACUGGAGUGGGAGAUGCGUGAGAAACAUGCCGAAGAGAUGCGAAACCGCGAGGAGGAACACUUGCGUCGUCACCAGAGCCAAAUGCUUCGCCAAGAGGAGGACAUGCGAGCCCGUCAGCAGGAGAGUGAAUUGCUAAUGCAGGCCCAUAAGCUUAACAUGAUUCUCGAUCAGCAAGAGGGAUUCGGCGGAGGUAGCAACUCUGGAUUCGACAACUUUGUCGAUGCCCCUUUCGAGGUUUUUGCGAACAACAGUAACAAUACCGCAAUGGUGGGAAUCAAUUCUGGACCUGGAGGUCCAGAUAAACUGGACGGUUUCGAGUUUGGAGCUGGCGGUAACCAACGCGGAAACAGUGGCGGUGGAAACAAUGCUCCAUGGGGACGCCGACGCUUUUAGACAUGGAAACCAAUAUAGAUAGCAAACGUAAUCUCAUUGAUUACGCUAUUGGACAUUUCGCUCGGAUAUGAGUGAACAAUAGAAAAUAAGAAAGGGAUCGUGUAAGCACAGAUGCAUUCUCAUUAUAAUAUAAUAUCAAUUGAAUUUAUAUAAUUUAAAAAAUAUAAUUAUAUCGGGUCUCACCAAAAAUCCACCACGAAGUAAUAACAAGAAAAUGACAAAAGAAAAAAAAACCUUAAGAAACAUAAAAUCCAAACCCAAAUGGCAUGCUUACAAGAUGUGCAGUAUUUCGAAGAAAAUCACCUGAAAUCUAACAUUCAUCCUUUUAUCAUUACGUGCAUCUAUUUAUUCAUUACGAUAAUUUUAAAUAUAUGUAGUGACUAUCCAGAAA